UUCGCUUCUCAAACCCUCGCGCCCUUUCCCCUUCGCCCUCUCUCUCUCUCUCUCUCUCUCUCUCUCUCUAAGGCCUCCUCAUCCAUUCCCAAACCCUAGGAAGAGUAGAGCUCAGCAAUGGCGUGGUGGUGCGAGGGAAUGGAGGAGCCCCGUCACCUAAUCGCCCCUCUGUCUUGCACUUUGAAUUCAGAAGGAUUGAUAUUAUCCUUGAAACAUCCAAAAUCAGGAGAACCAACUAACUAUGUGUUCAUGGAUGGAAAUCUUCGAGAAGUCAAUUGGUUCAAGCAGUCCUACGGCUCUUGGUUCCUCGGAGACUACGUUUGUGAAGAUGGCAGCUUGUAUAUUUGUACACCUGUUGAUCCCGUUUUCAUUCUCUUACCAAUUUUUGAGGCUGCCCGAAUGUCGAAGGCUAAUAAUGGUGUGUUUAGGCAAUUAGAUGAAAUUUUAUAUGUUGAUGGCUACCCAGGAUAUCAGCAUCUCAUGUCCAUUGCGGGAGAUCAUAUGCAAAUGGUUUGUGAAGUGAAAGAAAUUGGAUCUUCGAAGUUCUAUAGGCUGGAUGAUUCCAAAGUCAUAGCUUGGUUAUGCUGUAAGGUACAACAGUUGAAAGAAACAAUUCCAAAAUUAGGAAAGAAUUUUGCAGCUCGAGAAGAACGAGACACAUUGAAGGACAUUAUCUCAUUGUUGGGUGAGUACUUGAACGAUGAUCCUUGGUUGACGCCCCUUUGCCAGCACUUGCACUUGGAUAUGCAAGAAUCUAAGAACAAUGCAUUAAAAUUUGAUGCUUCUCCAGUUUUUCUAGAUAAUACUGCAUCUGCUCGGCCCGUAGAGGGCAAGUUGGGGAAGAGCAACAGCAUGUCAAGCAAAGGAAAACAACCCAAAAAGAUGAAGCUAGAAACCGACUCGAAGAACAUAAAAGACAUGUUCAGCAGGGCCACCAGAAGUCGAAACAAUCUCUGAUUCUGUUUGUAUUAUUAAUCAUUCCGAAAAAUAUGUGUCAUAAGAUUUUGCUACCAAUUGUGUGAUGUUAGAGUCUUGAAUCUAGCUCAGAAAGGGACACCACAUUUUUGUGAACAAAUUUUGCUGUAAUAUGCUGUUUCAUUAUUUUCCCAAACUUUAGCUUAUGAUUCCUAUGUUUCCCCAAACUUUAUAUCAAUGUCAAGGUCUCUGUCAUUGUUGCUCUUGUUUUCUAUGA